GCUAGAAAUCAGCUGCAGAUAACAAGUAAGAGCAGCUGCAAUUAAUUCAAUUCUUUGAGGAGAAUGAAUAAUCAGUUGAUAAGUCUUGCUGCAUUUCUACUUCUCAAUAUCGUAGCUUCAUCGGCUCAACGGCAGGUUUACAUAGUAUACCUGGGAGAGCACAACGGGCAGAAAACAUUGCAAGAGAUCAAAAACAUUCAUCACUCGUAUUUGCAUUCUGUCAAAGGCUCCAAAGAGGAGGCUGAAUCCUGCCUAAUUUACAGCUAUAAGAAUGUCAUCAAUGGCUUCUCUGCCUUGCUCACCCCGCAAGAAGCUCACACAAUCUCAGACAUGGAUGGAGUGAUUUCAGUGUUUCAUAGCCAUCCCACAAAAUCAAGGCUCCACACAACAAGAUCAUGGGAUUUCAUUAGCUUACUUGAAGCAAACUGGGAUGCUUCAAAGGCCAACGGAGAAGAAUUAUUGAGUAAAGCUAGCUACGGCAAGAAUGUCAUCAUUGGAGUACUCGACAGCGGCGUAUGGCCCGAGUCAGAAAGUUUCAAUGACGAGGGAAUGGAACCUAUUCCAACUUCUUGGAAUGGGAUCUGCCAAACUGGCGUUGCGUUUAAUUCCUCUCACUGUAAUCGGAAAUUGGUAGGAGCUCGCUACUAUUUGAAGGGCUACGAGGCCUACUUCGGGCCACUCGACCCCACGCUAGACUUCCGAUCACCCAGAGACAUCAACGGCCACGGCACUCACACGGCGUCAACCAUCGGCGGCCGGAGAGUCCCCAACGCAGCCGCAAUAGGCGGCGUUGGCAAUGGCACGGCCAGCGGUGGGGCCCCAUUGGCCCGCCUGGCCAUCUACAAAGUAUGCUGGCCGGUCCCGGGGCAAAGUCCGGCCGAAGGAAAUGCGUGCCUGGACGACGACAUGCUUGCGGCGUUCGACGACGCCAUCGCAGACGGUGUCGGAGUGAUCAGUGUUUCCAUCGGAGGGAACACGAGCAGGCCCUACACCGAAGACGGCAUCGCCAUUGGAGCAUUGCAUGCGGUGAGGCGGAACGUCGUGGUGGCUUGUAGUGCAGGAAAUUCAGGUCCUGAUCUAUCUACGGUAUCCAAUGUCGCCCCCUGGAUCAUAACCGUCGCCGCCAGUAGCGUCGACCGCGUCUUCUCGUCGCCUCUCCUCCUUGGAAACGGCCUCACAAUAGAGGGACAAUCAAUUACUCCAUUUCAAAGAGCAACGUAUCCUCUUGUUUAUGCAGCAGCUGCGGAAAUCCCAGGAACUACCACCGAUCUCACAACUGGUCUAUGCCUUGAUGGUACACUUUCACCAGCGCUAGUGAGAGGAAAAGCGGUUUUCUGCUGGGCUGGAGACACUCCGCAAGCAUUGGAAGUGCAAAGGGCGGGCGGCGUAGCAACCGUGCUGGGCAACACCGUUGACGGAAUCGGAGUCGUGGGCCGGCCGUAUUUGAUUCCAGCAACCGUUGUCCUCUCCAACGAGGAUCAGAAACUUAGAAUUUUCAACUACAGCGUGACUGAUGCAGCGCCUACUGCAACUCUCAUUCCCACUAGGACUUUACUAGGCACUAGCCCAGCUCCAUUCAUGGCUGAUUUCACCUCCAGAGGCCCCAACUUUAUCCAGCCCAACAUUCUUAAGCCGGAUAUCACUGCUCCGGGCCUGAAUAUAGUAGCAGCAUGGAGCGAGGCGUCGUCUCCUUUAAAGGUGGCAGAAGACAACAGAGUGGUUAAGUUCCAAAUUGAUUCCGGAACAUCCAUGUCUUGCCCUCAUGUUGCAGCAGUUGCUGCGCUUCUCAAGGCCAUACAUCCUGACUGGAGCAGCGCCGCCGUGAGAUCUGCUAUAAUCACCACCGCAAAGCUAACAAACAACUUAGGCAAGCCAAUAACAGAUGCAUUGGGAAAUCCUGCAACACCAUUCGAAUAUGGGGCAGGACAUAUCCAACCAUCAAAGGCUGUUGAUCCAGGGCUAGUUUAUGAUGCUACUUACGAUGAUUAUCUGCUCUUUCUCUGCAGCAGCAGCGGCGGUAAUCUACUCGACCCGUCGUUCAACUGCCCCACAAAUGUACCUUCGCCGAGCAACUUGAAUUACCCGUCGUUAGCUAUUGCCGAUCUGCAAGGCUCCUUCACCGUAGAGAGAACCGUCACAAACGUAGGCGUCGGAAACUCGUCAUAUUCGGUUACAAUUGAUCCGCCGCCGGGUUAUCUUGUCCGAAUCUCACCGGCGACGCUGGAUUUCAGCAUGGCAGGGGAAAAACAGAGUUUCAGCAUCACAGUUGAAGUUGUGAGUAGUGCAAAUGUGUAUGCUUUUGGUUGGUAUAGAUGGAGCGACGGAAUUCACCAAGUGACGAGCCCUAUUUCAGUGUGGACGGUGUUGUGACUGGAAUUGCAAUGAAGUUGUAAGUCAUAUCCUCCUUCUCUGGUUGCAUAUUUUUGCUUGAUAAUAAAUGAGGACAUAUUGUGUAUGCUUCUUAAUCAAAGGAAAUGGAUUAUCAAUGACAACAAAUGAAAAAUAUCCACUAUAAAAUAAAACUAUGAAAACUAUUUAUUUUGAACUUGAAAUGAUAAAGUUAUCCUUACUUAAA